AUGCAACAGGUUGGGCAAAGAAUGAUGCUGAUGCCAGAUGCUGUUCCGACAAUAUUUCAGAAUUCUGAGGUUUGUGUCCACCUCCUUUUUUGAAGACUUGAACCGCCCAACUGGAGUUUAAAGCCAAAUUAGCCAAUUCAGAAUGAGCAUAUUUAAUUACGAUUUGUAAAUUAGUUUAAUUAAGCCUUUGAUCGAGCCCCAGUGCGACAUACUUAUUUUUUUCUUCUAAUGAUCAACGCCAGAUGAUUUUACUUGUCAUGGGUUAACUGCAUGUUUGUGUUAUUUUUAAAGUAGUUUUUCAAUGUCUUUUUUAACAUUCAGACAAGGUCUAGCUUUAUUCCAGCUGUGUCAAUAACAGCCUCUGAACUAGGUCAGGAUAUGAGGUACUGUACUGUGAGUAGUUUGAUUAACUGUAUAUUAGUAUAAUUACAUAGGUGAUUAUUGAAAAUUCUCCAUGCUGAUUGGUUACCGUUGAGGUGAUUAUUACGCGAUAAUCACCUAGGCGAUUUUCAAAAUGGUGGGCGAAGCCGUUUUGUCAAUUAAAAGACGAAGAAAUGUGCAUUUUUAAUUUUUUUUUCCAAAUAAUCACCUAUGAAAUUAUACUAACACAAUUAUUCACCUCAGGCUCGGUGAUUAUCGUGAAUAAAAACCUCGACUUCGUCUCGGUUUUUAUUCGCCGAUAAUCACCUCGCCUUCGGCGAAUAAUUGUUAAAUAAUUGGCCUGUAAUUAAUACAGUUUUACCCAAUAGUGCCUCAGCUCUCUCCCCUUGAGAAGUAAAAUUGUCUGGCAUCUGAGACAGAGUGAAAUAAUCUGGCAACAUUAAUUUAAUAAAACUAUUUCCCUAUUAAACUUACUAUGAAAUUAAAAUAGUGGUAUUCCUGUUUUGAUAUCUAGCUACCAUUUUUGCCGGAGUGUACAUGUAAAUUUGGGCCUUAUUUAGUGUAAUUUCAUAAAAAGUAACAAUUCAGUUUAAGAUGCUUGCCGAUGUUACUCUGAGUGUAUAUCCACACCGGGCAGGCUUGAAAAAUAUGCUUGGCCACGGUGGGAAUCGAACCUACGACCUUUGGAAUACUAGCCCAAUGCUCUGCCAACUGAGCUACGCGGUCAGGUCGGUUCGAGCAUGUAAUACAGCCAAACCCCUAUUAAGUGGACACCUUCAGGAUCUCGUCUAAGUGUCCGCUUAAAAGGGAUAUGUAGAAAAACACAGCAGGAGGCAAAGAUGUGUAAUUAUAGGUGUGUAAUUUGAGUAUCAAAACAGUAAAAAAUAUCUAGGAAAUAAUUAGCAUAAAAUGAGAAUUUCUUUGUGCAUAAAAAUUUAUUAGAAAAUGUAUACGUCUCUCACAGUCAUAUAAAAAAGGAAUCGAUACAAGUUUGCUUUCAAAGCUCACGCAGACGAUAGCCCAUUAUAUUGUCAUUUACAUAAAAAUGACGUUGGAAAGUUCUUCCAAACUUCGAAUUUUUGCGAAUUCUGCCAGCCGCUCGAAAACUUUAAGGGCUCCGGAGGAAGAUAUAAUGACUGGUUCGUUAAGAGACCAGUCAAAUUCAUCAUCUUCGUUCAGUUCGUUGUCAUCAUGAGUGAUCGGACACAUAUCUUUCGGCUCCUCGGCUGGCGGUUCACAGUCCUCCGUCCUCGCUCGUCACUUCCUCAAUAAUCUUGGCUCUGAUGUCUUCGCGCGAAGUUGGUGUGUCACUGUCAAUGUGCCAUGUAAAUUGAUCUCAAUUUUUAUUUACUGUCGAAUAUUGAAUACAUUUUAUAAGACAAUCUGUCAUCUGUCCGCUUAAGAGAGGUUGGUUUGCCCAUUGGGACCUCAAGUAAGGUAAUAGGGGUUAUGAUAACAGUAUUUUAUUAAAGAAAACGAAUGGGACCUGAGAUAUGUGUCCGCUUAAGAGAGGUGUCCGCUUAUAGAGGGGUUCGACUGUAUUUCGAAACCGAGUCUAGUUCCUUCGAUAUCGACUGAGUAUAAUCUAAUAAUCAUGAUAUUUGCUGUUUUAUCAUGAUUCUUAGAUUAUAUUGAUAUCGAAGGAACUAGACUCAGUUCCGAAAUAUUACAAGCUCGAACCGACCUGACCGCGUAGCUCAGUUGGCAGAGCAUUGGGCUAGUAUUCCAAAGGUCGUAGGUUCGAUUCCCACCGUGGCCAGGCAUAUUUUUCAAGCCUGCCCGGUGUGGAUAUACACUCAGAGUAACAUCACAAGCAUCUUAUUCACCUGAGUACACUACAGUAAAAGAGCAAAUAUCAAUUCAGUUUAAUGGCCAACAAUAAUAAUCUACUUGACCACUUCACAACAUUGAUAUUAACAUGCACCUUAAAAUUGUUUGUGUAUAAAAUUCCUUCUAUUGUUUUAAACUAAAUAUUUGUUGUUUUUUUCUGAACAGUGCUACUAAUUGAGCUGCGGUGGGGAUUUGUUGUGAAUAUUAUCCAGUUUAGUCGCAAGAAAUAUUCCCCAGUUUAAUUACAAGAAAUAUUUCCAUUGACUCAAUUUCUCGUUUAGUACAUUGGCGGCUUAGAAACCGAGAUACAAUUACUAUUCAUUGCUUUUCCUUCUUCAGGUAAUAAAGAAUUCCCAAGCAGACGCUGUAGAAGAGUUGAAAGGUAUGGCAGAUGAUGUAAAUGGUGUUACUUUAGCUUUAGAAAAGGAUGAAGUAUUAAAUUUGCAGGUUAUCAAUGACUCUGAGAUAACUACUAUGGAUAGUGUGAGUAUACAAGAAGUGUCGGAAGAAGUAAUUAGUGAAGACAAUGUAAGUAUACCAGGCAGAAAGAGAAAGCACUCCGACGAGAUAGUGUUUGAUUCAAACUGCGUUUCAAAUGAGGUAAGCUUGUCUCAGAAAAGAGCACGUACGACUAGUUCUUGUGAUAAAGCUGUGCGUGCAGAUCACACGUACUGUAUAAAAUCUCCUCGUAGAAUGAAAAGACGUCUUGAUGAUGUUGUAGAUAAAGCUACAAUUCUUAAGAAGAGAUUGGAAUCGUCACAAAAGAAACUAAGGAGGUACAGGGGAAAGGUUAGCACUUUGACCACGGUGGUAAGUGAAUUGAAAGAGCAAAAUCUUAUCAAUAAUGAUUGCGCAACUAUUUUAGAAACGACUUUUUCUGGAGUUUCUAGGGAGCUCAUGAAAAGGUUAGUUACACAAAAGGUAAAGAAAAAUCCUGGGGCGUAUCCACCCGAGCUAAGAUCAUUCGCCAUGACCCUAAAAUUCUAUUCAACGAAAGCGUAUAACUAUGUUCGAAAAAGUUUUGAUUUAGGGCUUCCACAUGUGUCUGUGAUUCGAUCAUGGUAUAGUUCUAUGAAUGGUGAGCCAGGUUUCACAAAGAACGCACUGGCAGCGUUGAAAGUUAAAGUUUUGGCUGCGAAAGAAAAUCGUCAAGAAGUUGUUUGCGCACUGAUGCUCGAUGAGAUGUCUAUACGCAAGCAUGUCGAGUGGGAUGGUAAGCAGUUCCGUGGUUAUGUUGACCUUGGUACAGGCAUCAAUGACGACUCGUUGCCUGAAGCAACAGAUGCUCUUGUUUUCAUGGCAGUGUCAGUGAACUCUGGUUGGAAAGUACCGUGUGGAUAUUUUCUAGUAAAUGGUCUUACCGGAGAGCAGAAAGCAAACUUGACCAAAGAAUGCAUAACCAAGUUGCACGAAGUUGGGGUGAAGGUGGUAUCUCUUACAUGCGACGGCCCCACGUCUCACCAGGCAAUGUUGAAAUUGCUCGGCGCUCAACUGUCACCGGAUAGUUUGCAAGCCUUCUUUCAACAUCCAUGUGACCCCAAGGCUAAGAUCUAUAUCCUCCUAGAUGCUUGUCAUAUGAUAAAAUUGGUGAGAAAUACGAUGUCGGACUGGGGAAUUCUGAAGGAUAAGGACGGUAAGGUAAUUCGUUGGCAAUUCUUGGUGCAAUUGCAGGAAUUACAAGAGUCAGAAGGUUUACAUCUUGCAAAUAAGCUUCGAUCGGCUCAUAUCAAAUGGAAGCCACAGAAAAUGAAGGUAAACCUGGCAGCGCAGGCGCUCAGUUCGAGUGUUGCAGAUGCUUUAGAGUAUUGUGAAGGUAAGCUGAAACUGCCACAAUUUCAAGGGUGUGGUCCAACAGUAAAGUUUAUCCGUGUUUUUGAUCGUCUUUUUGAUGUUUUGAAUUCCAGGAAUCCGCUGGCUAGAAAUUUCAAAGCGCCCAUUAGAAAAUCGAACUACCAGUAUACGAAGAGCUUUCUUGAUGAGGCAACUGAGUACAUUAGAAACCUGAAAACUUCAGACGGUCAGUCGAUCCUCGCGUCAAAAAGGAAAACAGGAUUUCUUGGUUUCCUGUUGUGCAUCAAUGCUGUUGUGGGAUUAACAGAAGAUCUCGUUAAUGCUCAGAAUCCUGUCCUGAAGUAUCUUCUGACGUACAAGAUGAGCCAAGAUCACUUGGAAUUAUUCUUUUCCGCUGUGCGAGCUUGCGGAGGGUGGAAUAAUAAUCCAACAACUCGCCAAUUUAUAGCAGCAUACAAGCAACUGAUGAUGAGACACAACAUCGAGGGAGGACGUGGAAACUGCACUCCUCAAGAUGAUACAGAGAUAUUGAACAGUGUCCAGGAUCAGCAUGAAAUCAACUCCUUACCUACUGGAGUUUCUGAUGUGGCAAUUGCAAGGAGAUAUGACUUGACGUUGAGACCGCCAGCUGCAGAUGAUCACGACUACUGUGAUGUUUCGAACGCUAUGGAACUAUCUGAAUACAAAGAGGCGGCCAUAUCAUAUAUUGCUGGGUAUGUGGUGAGAAUGGUCGAGAAAAAAAUCCACUGUCCGCAAUGUAUAGCAGCUUUGACAACAAACAAGGAAAACAUUCCAGACUUGUUUGUAACAUGGAAGACGAAUGGAGGUCUUAGAUUGCCGUCCCUCGGACUGAUCAAAAUAUGCGAGGAAACGGAAAAGUGUAUAAUGAGAAUGCUAAAUGCAAAUGGAGGUGGUCUACCUCAUAGCACUGGACUUUCAAAUGCGAUCGCUUCGACGGUGCUGUCAGUCUGUGUUGAAAAAGGGGUCUUUAGUACGUUAGAUGAACACAUGUUUGAUUCGGCUCCAGGGAACAACCACACGCUAAGUUUGAUUAAAUGCUGUUCUCAGAGUUAUGUGACCAUUCGCAUGCACCAUUUAAGCAAGUUGACAAAUGCGAGAAUGCAUGACAAGGUAAUACGUAAACAGUUUUCGAAGCUUGUGUUGUUCAAGCAUCAGUAA